AUGGGCCUGAAGCCAUAUCUGGGCCUCCAGGGCAAUGCCCUACUCCGGGCGGCCGUCAUGCUGGUGGUCUGCCCGACAUUUACUUGCUAUGGAUACAACAUGAGUGUGGCGGGAGGGUUGUUGACCCUCGAGGCCUUCAAUAAGCAAUUCCCGAAAAUGGACACUAUUCACACAACUGGCGCACAAGAACACGAAAAUUCUCAAAUACAAGGCACGGUGAUUGCACUUUAUACGGUCGGAGGAAUCUUCGGUGCGCUCUCAUGCGUCUACUUGGGUGACCUUCUCGGAAGACGGAAGGUCAUCUUCGUGACGAACUUCAUAUCUAUCAUCGGCGCCAUUUUGAUGGCAACCUCCUUCGACUUUGCCCAGUUUAUCGUCGCUCGGUUAGUUCUCGGUCUCGGAAUUGGUGGCUAUGUGGCCACGGUCCCAGUCUGGCAGUCGGAGAUUUCUCCAGCGCACAAACGUGGAUCCAACGUCGUGACCGAUGGGAUCUUUGUCGGCGUGGGCGUGACGCUGGCCCUGUGGAUUGAUCUCGGCUUCUACUUUGUGCAAGGCAGCUCCGUCUCUUGGCGGUUCCCGCUCGCCUUUCAGGUCGUCCUCUCGUUGACCGCGAUGGUGUUCAUCACCGUCCUUCCGGAAUCUCCUCGCUGGCUGAUCAAGACUGGCCAGGUCACAGAAGGUCGCAAGGUUCUCGGCGCACUGCUUGAGGCCGAUCCCGACUCAGCCGUGGUGACGGAGAGCGUCGUGUCGAUUGAAGCCUCCCUAGCUUACUGCGGAACGGGAAGCUGGACGGACAUGUUCAAGAACGGCGAGCAGCGUCUCUUCCACCGCGCAUACCUGGCUGCAACAGGCCAGAUGUUCCAGCAAAUGUGCGGCGUGAACUUGAUCACUUAUUAUGCGACUACUAUCUUCCAACAGUAUCUUGGUCUCGAUGCUGUCAAGGCCCGUAUCCUGGCUGCGGCCAUGGGGCUGAUGCAGCCACUGGGCGGUUUCCUGGCCUUUACCACUAUUGACCGUCUCGGCCGCCGGCCCCUGAUGCUCUGGAGUGCCGGAGCCAUGGCCAUCUGCAUGGCAAUUCUCGCCGGAACAACCUCCCAGAAGGGCAAUACCGGCGCGUUGGUCGUGGCAGUGAUUUUCCUCUACGCUUUCCAGUUUAUCUUCACCGUGGGAUACUCUGGUCUGACCUUCCUAUAUGCGGCAGAGAUGGCACCUCUGCAAAUUCGCGCGGCGGUCAGCGCCGUGUCUACUGCUACCGUCUGGUCUUUCAAUUUCUUGCUAGCCCAGGUCACCCCAGUUGGAUUUUCAACCAUCGAAAACCGCUAUUAUAUUAUCUUCGCCGUAAUUAACGCCGCUAUUGUCCCGGCAGUGUACUUUUUCUUCCCUGAGACCAAGGGUCGCUCCCUGGAGGAGAUUGACGAGAUCUUUUCGCGGUCGAAGAACAUCUUCGACCCACCUCGCAUCGCUCGUGAAAUGCAAAAGAUGCAAAUCGGCGAGGCACAUUCCGAGAGCGGUUAUAACACUGGUUCUAAUGACGAGGCCGUGAAGGAAGAUAUUAAGGCAUGA